CAUGUCUGCAGCAUGACUCUCAACUGAGCCAUCAAACGUGCUCAUAGUCGAAAUUCCUUAUCAGAUAAGAAAAUAGCCUGAAAACAAGUUGGUGUUAAACUUCAACAUGAUGACGAAACUCGUGAAGCCAUGCAUAUCCUUUGUUCCAUGGGAAACAUCUUUUGAGCCAGACCUGAGAUUUAGUCAGACUAUGUUCUGCAGGACAGCACAGACACGCCUUCUCAGAGUUGUCCACAGGUAUCACGUGUAAACCUUGUCGGCUGCUUCUUUUCUUGAAAACAUGGCAGCGGUCGUCAGCUGGAUAGCUGAGUCCGUCCCGGAGAUUCUGCAGAUCUCUGGGAUGACUCUGCAGACGUUUCUUGUGUUUUGUGCGGCCUUUCUGCUGGCAAAUGUACUUUUGAAGCGUUCCCGUAACCUGCCCCCUUACCCGGCAGGAUGCGUGCCUGUUCUCGGGCACUUCCUCGCCUUGGGCCGAGCGCCUCCCCUCAAGCUGGCGGCGUGGAGGAGGCAGUACGGGGACGUCUUCACCGUCAGGUUAGGGAUGGAAGAUGUGGUGGUUCUGAACGGCUACACUGCCAUCAAGGACGCGCUCGUGGACAGGUCCGAGCUGUUCGCCUCCAGGCCGCAAGUCUACUUUCUUGAUUUGAUUACUGGUAACGGAAAAGACAUGGCUGCUGUCCGUUGGGGUCCCGGGUUCAGACAGAGGAAGCGGUUUGCCUACACUGUCCUGAAGAACCUGGGCAUGAAGGUCGGACGUGGCAGCAUGGAGGGCCACAUCCGAGAGGAAGCGAACUGUCUCUGCAGCAGGAUGGCAGAAUACAAAGGGCAGCCCUUUGACUUCGCCCAUGAUGUCACUGUAACGUUCGCAAACGUCAUCUGCUCCAUGUUGUUCGGGAAGCGCUACGACUACGGUGAUGAGACGUUCCAGGAGCUCAAGAAGGCCAUUGAUGCCGUGGUGAUUGGACUUGCUGCUGGCCAGGUCAUCAGCGUGUUCCCGUUCCUGCGGUUUGUUCCUGGAGGUCUGGUGUUCAGUCUGCAUCAUGUGCUGUGGGAGGAGAUCUCGCGGCAUCGCGAACACCUGGAUCGCAAGAACCCGCGAGACUUCCUGGAUUUCUGCCUGCUGGAGGUUGACCAGCAGGACAAGGUGGAGGGUCUGACGGAGGAGAACGUCAUGUACAUGGCCAUGAACCUGAUUCUGGCCGGAACUGAGACGACAGCAGGUACCCUGCUGUGGGCGCUUCUCUACAUAACCCAGAAUCCAGCCAUUCAGCAGAAGGUCCAUGAGGAGCUUGAUGCCGUCAUUGGUGUGAGUCUGCCCACCCUGUCCCACCGUCCCCAGCUGCCCUACGUGAACGCCUGCCUGCUGGAGACCAUGCGGAUCCGCACUGUUGUUCCCUUCGCUCUCCCCCACGCCACCACACAGGACGUCAAAGUCAGGGAGUUUCACAUCCCCAAAGGAACACAGGUCAUUCUGAACCUGUACUCCCUCCACGUGGACCCCACCUACUGGCCUGACCCGGAACGGUUUGACCCCGAAAGGUUUCUGGACGCGGAAGGGAACAUCAUCAACAAGCCUGAGUCGUUCAUGCCUUUUGGAGGAGGCCGCCGUGUGUGUCUUGGUGAGAAGCUGGCCAGGAUGGAGCUUUUCCUGUUCUUCUCCACCCUACUGCAGUCCUUCACCUUCAGGACGCCAGAGGGCACUCCUCCUCCAAACACCGACUACGUCCUUGGACUGACGUGGAGCCCGCGUCCGUUCCAAGUCUGUGCGACACCGCGUUAGUUCGAUAUCGGCACACUUGCCUACCUAAUGAUUGUAAAAGACCAUUUUUGUCCCAUACUAUGUACCCUUGUAUUAUUAAGUAUAUGCGGCUAUACUCCUCUGGCCGGCGGACUCGGUCGCUUCAUUCGGUGGUUAUAGGAACCGCCAUGAAUUUUGCACCGUAUACACCUCAGGGUGGGUCAUUAACCCCGUAUUCAUAGUAGAGACAUUCGUUACGUAAAGUACCUGAACAGAUAGUGGUAACAGUUGCUAGGGUGAGGGAUAGUGAAAAGGCUGCUGACAAGAUAACUAUCACAACAUUCUGGACACAAGGUUCUGCAUAAUGGUGUCAAGUAUCUCUCUAACUGUUGUCUAAACUUUCGUGGUAUUGUACUUAGGUUGGGCAGACUGCCAAGGGAGAGUUGGGGGAAAUGUCAUGUCCUUGUGGCAUAAAUGUGAACUUGUGCCGCACCGGUGCCCUAAGUGCAGUGACAGUCCACCUCAAGCAGUAACGCAUCUCCGCUUGACCAUAUGAAUUUGUCAUGCAGUUUGCAUUCCCAAUAAAUGAAAUUAAUGAAAUGAAUUGAAUCGAACUCCGUCGAUCCGUACAUGAGCCGUGGUAUGUCAGCCCCAGCUUGGACAUGUUGUAAGAGAUUGCACUGAUCAUUUCAGAUGUUGACGUAAAGUUGGCGGUACUAUGUAUGAUGGAGCUUAAGGAAUAAGCGUCAAACCUCUGCACGUAAAAGAACCCAACACACUUAUCGACAAGAGAAGGUGUGAUUAGGUGCGCUUGACUGAACAAGUGAGCCGUAGCGAAGGUGUAUAUUAUAACGUUAGCACUAGUAGCUGACGAAAAAGCGUCAUGCUUCGUCCUCAGUCUGAGGUUUGACCUAGACUUCGUUGCAGUCUUGACCUAAACUCCUUUCACAGCAAAGUCCCUUCCUCGGCAAAGUCCCUUUCCCGGCACAAGAGAACGUAGCCAACGUUGAAAAUCGCGAACCAACGCCCCCCCCCCAAUAAAAAAUAGCCCCGUUCGAAGACUGCAACGGAGUCUAGGUUUGACUCCUUUACCUUUUAGUCGGGGUUUUAUUGCUGCUGACUCGCAUUUUAACGAAGCCGUUGGACGUGCGCAUCGCCUGUUUUCUUAUCAGAUAAUAAAUAAGGAACUUGGACUGUAAACACGUUGGUGUUGAACUUCAACAUCAUGACGAAACUCGUGAAGCCAUGCAUAUCCUUUUUUUACCUGGGGAACAGCUUGUGAGCCAGACCUUAGGUUUAUUCUGACUAUUCUGCAGGAUAGGACAGACACGUCUCCACACAGUUGCCUCCCAGGAGAAUACCUUCAGCAUCGUCUUAUUUUCUGCCGAGCACGAUGAAGACGACCCUGGUGUUGCUUCUUGUUGUCCUGGUCAUCUCUGCCGAGAUGAUGACAACUGAAAGCUGCGGUGGUGGUGGUGGUGGUACCGUCGGCAAACCGGUACCGGUGGGCCGCAGGAGCGUGAAGGAGCUGCUGUCCAACCGCCAGGCCGAGGUGGACGUGCCGCCACGUGGCAAACGUGUGGUGGAAAACAACCUGCAGCCAGCAGGGGAAUGAUUCAUGGAAAGGGCAAACGGGGUGACUAUUUCGUGCUCUUCGCUUGAUCACUGACGGCCGUCAAGAACUUCUCUGGCACUUGAGGUGCAUACAAUAUAGGAACAAGGGGAAACUAGAAUAAAGAUUCAACACUUUAUCCGUAGAAUCCUGAAGAUAUAUGCCAUGACUUGAAUACAUCAAUACUGUAGACGCAACACUUUGGUCCACUUAAUUACGCUACACUCUUUCCAGUACUCUAGAAUAUGAUUUAGUAAGAU